AUGGAGGAGGAUACAGCUGGGGGAGGAGAGGCGGGGAGGAGGCACCAGCCGGCGGCGGCGGGCGGAGGAGGAGCAGGCGAGCCGAGGGAUGACAGGGGGAGCGGAGCGGGAGGAGGAGAGGGCAUGUGGGACCAGCUGCUGGACGGGCUCCGCAGCCGGGAUCAAAGAGGCAACGGCAACGGCGAGAUGGCGCUGCACAAGCAGGAGCAGGCGGUGUCCGAGGCGAAGGGGCCCAAGGCGGAGGAGGAUGGCGAGGCAGCCGGGGCCAGGGGGCUGCAGGGGCCCGGGUCGGGAUUCCAGCCUCCCGAAGGCGGCUUCGGCUGGAUCGUGGUCUUCGCCGCCACCUGGUGCAACGGGUCCAUCUUCGGCAUCCAGAACUCCUUCGGGAUCCUCUACGUGAUGCUGCAGAGCGACCUGGGCGGCGGCGAGAAGGACCCCACGCUGGAGUUCAAAACAGCGCUGGUUGGAGCCCUGGCCAUGGGGAUGAUUUUCUUCUGCUCGCCUAUUGUGAGUAUCUUCACUGACCGGAUUGGCUGCAGGACGACAGCAGCCUCGGGGGCAGCCAUCGCUUUUAUUGGACUCCUUUCCAGCUCUUUUACAAAGUCCCUUGAAGUCCGCUAUUUCACCUAUGGAAUCCUCUUUGGAUGCGGCAGUUCCUUUGCUUUCCAGCCCUCCCUGGUCAUCCUCGGCCACUACUUCAAACGCCGUCUAGGCUUGGCGAACGGCAUCGUGGCUGGAGGGAGCUGCCUCUUCUCAAUGUCCCUUCCCUUCUUUUUGAAAACAAUCGGGAGCACCAUCGGGCUAGCUCAUACUUUCCAAGUUCUCAGCGCCUUUAUGUUCAUCCAGAUUCUCUUGUCUCUGACUUUCCGGCCCAUCUUGCCACCUUCUUGUGACUCUCACCAGGAUAGGCAAGAUAAACUGGCCAGCCGGAACAUGAAACAGCAGUGCGGGUCUCAGAUGCGGAAGUAUUUCAACAUGAGGGUUUUCCGGAGACAGACGUACCGAAUUUGGGCUUUUGGGAUUGCGACAGCCGUCCUGGGAUACUUUGUACCUUACGUGCAUCUGAUAAAGUAUGUGGAGGAGGAGUUUAAGGAAAACGAAAAGGAAUGGAUUCUCUUGGUUUGCCUUGGAGCCACAUCAGGGCUUGGGCGCUUGGUUUCUGGCCGGAUUGGUGACUGCAUUCCUGGACUGAAAAAGAUUUUCUUGCAGGUUGCCUCCUUUAUGCUUCUGGGCCUCAUGUGCAUGAUGAUCCCUCAGUGCCAAGCGUUUGAGGGGGUCAUUGUCGUCUGCCUCUUCCUCGGACUUUGUGAUGGAUUCUUUAUAACCAUCAUGGCCCCCAUAGCCUUUGAACUGGUUGGACCCAUGCAAGCUUCUCAAGCCAUUGGCUAUCUCCUGGGACUUAUGGCCAUUCCAAUGACAGCUGGCCCACCAAUAGCAGGAUACCUCCAUGAUUAUUUUGGGAAUUACUACCUAGCCUUUUACUUAGCUGGAGUUCCCCCAAUUAUUGGGGGCUUGGUCCUGUCUGUUGUUCCUCUGAUCCAUCAAAGAAUGCUCAAGAAGCAGCAGAUGGAUUCUGGCAAAGACAAGAUGUUGGUUUCAGAGACUGUCAUGAACGUUUCAGAUCCAUCCCAUCACACAGCGGUGUCAGUGCUGCUUGGAUGA